AUGGAUGUAACCAACAAAAACAAGCGAGAAGGCACUGAAGUCACUGAAAGAAUUAUCACCGAAACAGUAACUACAAGACUUACAUCCUUACCGCCAAAAGGGGGGACCAGCAAUGGCUAUGCUAAAACGGGCUCUCUCAGUGGAGGGAGCCGGCUGGAGAAACAGAGCCUGACCCAUGGCAGCAGCGGCUACUUAAACUCAGGUGGAAGCACCCGGGGCAAUGCCUCCACCUCCAGUUACAGGAGGGCUCAUUCGCCUGCCUCCACUCUGCCCAACUCACCAGGCUCAACUUUUGAAAGGAAAGCUCACAUCACCCGCCAUGGAACAUACGAAGGGAGCUCCAGUGGCAACUCUUCUCCCGAGUACCCUCGAAAAGAAAUAGCAUCUUCUUCAACCAGAGGACGGAGCCAAACAAGAGAGAGUGAAAUCCGAGUUCGACUGCAGAGUGCGUCUCCAUCUACCCGAUGGACAGAAUUGGAUGAAGUGAAACGUUUGCUCAAGGGGAGUCGAUCGGCAAGUGUGAGCCCCACCCGGAAUUCCUCCAACACACUCCCCAUCCCUAAGAAAGGCACUGUGGAGACCAAAACCGUGACAGCGAGCUCCCAUUCAGUGUCUGGCACCUACGACACAACCAUCCUGGAUGCCAACCUUCCCUCCCACAUGUGGUCCUCCACCUUGCCGGCGGGGUCCUCCAUGGGGACCUAUCACAACAACAUGACAACCCACAGCUCGUCCCUCCUCAACACCAACGCCUAUUCUGCAGGAUCGGUCUUUGGAGUUCCCAACAACAUGGCGUCCUGCUCCCCUACUCUGCACCCUGGAAUCAGCACCGGCUCCUCAGUGUUUGGCAUGCAGAACAACCUGGCCCCCAGCUCCUCCACCCUGACCCAUGGCACGGCCACCACCUCCACAGCGUAUGGUAUGAAGAAAAACAUACCCCAGAGCACUGCCACGGCAAGCACUGGCGUGUCCACCUCUGCCGCCUGUACCACAAGUGUCCAGAAUGACGACCUCUUGCACAAGGACUGUAAAUUCCUGAUCCUUGAGAAAGAAAACGUGCCUGCCAAGAAGGAGGUGGAACUGCUGAUCAUGAACAAGGACAGCGGGAAGGUCUUUACAGCCUCCCCCGCCAGCAUCGCUGCAACUUCCUUUUCAGAGGACACCCUGAAAAAGGAAAAGCAAGCUGCCUACACCGCCGACACCAACCUGAUCUCGGAAACUAAUGGAGACUUGAAGACGGUGUCCACAAAGGGCAAGGCGACCUCUACAGAAAUCCAUGGCUAUGACCGACAGAAUGGCAUCAGCGGUACUAAAGGUGGCAUUGGCGGCGGUGUUGGCGGUGGCCCGCUGGGGGCAGCGCCAGCCUGGUGCCCCUGCGGCUCCUGCUGUAGCUGGUGGAAGUGGCUGCUGGGCCUGCUGCUCACCUGGCUGCUGCUCCUGGGGCUGCUCUUUGGCCUCAUUGCUCUGGCGGAGGAGGUGAGGAAGCUGAAGGCCCGCGUGGAAGAGCUGGAGCGAAUGCGGGACAGGAUGCAGCAGUUUGAGAAGAGAGGAGGGAGCAAUACAGAUGAGCUGAAGGGGGAAGCGCCCUGGGUGAAUGCAGGUGUUGACAAGACUGGGCUGGGCGACCACAGCUACAAUGACCUGUGGCUCUUCGUGAAGCAAAAGCUGAUGAUGGAGCAGGAAAACGGCAAUCUCCGAGGAAACCCUGGCCCUAAAGGUGACAUGGGAAGCCAAGGCCCUAAAGGAGAGCGAGGGCUCCCUGGGACCCCAGGUAUCCCUGGGCUCUCGGGACAAGCAGGUCCAGAAGGACCAAAGGGACAAAAAGGCAGCAUGGGAGAGCCUGGCUUGGAGGGACCCGUGGGUCAGAGAGGACGUGAAGGCCCCAUGGGACCUCGUGGUGAACCUGGGCCACCUGGGUUCGGAGAGAAAGGAGACAGAGGGUCUGCUGGUGAACCGGGUAUUCAGGGCCCUCCUGGUGUCCCCGGUUCUGUGGGUCCCAAAGGUGCCAGUGGUCAUCCUGGCCCACAGGGCCCUCCAGGCCCUGUAGGUCUCCAAGGGCUCCGAGGUGAAGUGGGACUCCCUGGCGUCAAAGGUGACAAAGGACCAAUGGGACCACCAGGACCCAAAGGUGACCAGGGUGAGAAAGGAUCCCGCGGCCUCACAGGUGAACCAGGCUUGAAAGGUCUGCCUGGUGCUGCGGGCGAGCCUGGAGCUAAAGGAGCAAUGGGACCCGCAGGCCCCGAUGGACACCAAGGCCCAAGAGGUGAACAAGGUCUCACAGGGAUGCCUGGAACCCGAGGCCCACCAGGACCUUCUGGAGACCCAGGAAAGCCAGGCCUCACAGGACCCCCAGGACCUCCCGGACUUCCUGGAAUCCCCGGCCAAGCAGGGACUAAAGGUGAACCAGGAUCUCCAGGCAGGAUGGUCACUGCAGAGGGGUCAUCGACUCUCACUGUGCCAGGUCCCCCGGGACCUCCUGGACCCAUGGGACCCCCAGGACCUCCAGGUAUCCCAGGCCCGAUCGGCCCAGCUGGUCUCCCAGGACAGCAAGAGGGUCUUGAUUUACGAGGUCCACCAGGCCCACCUGGACUACCUGGGCCACCUGGGCCACCAGGAUCUUCCAUUCCAGGCCCCCCAGGGCCCCGAGGCCCGUGGGGGGAAGGCCUGCCAGGUCCUCCAGGCCCACCAGGAUCUCACCUGAGCAGCUCAGAGACCUUCCUCUCCGGCCCUCCAGGCCCACCUGGUCCCCGAGGCCCCAAAGGUGACAAAGGUGAUCGUGGAUUCCCGGGGACUCCUGGCAUUCCUGGUGGUCCCUCUCAAGGGGGAUCCUCCUCCAGCACCAUGUUCAUGCCAGGCCCACCAGGGCCCCCUGGGCCCCCUGGGCCCCCGGGCUCCAUCAGCAGCUCUGGCCUGGAGAUUCAGCAGUACAUCUCUGAGUACAUGCAGAGUGACAGCGUUAGGUCAUACCUGUCUGGAGUUCAGGGUCCCCCAGGUCCUCCCGGUCCUCCGGGGCCUGUCACCACCAUCGGGGGUGAGACUUUCAACUACGCAGAGCUGGCAAGCCUCGUCGUGAGCUACUUACAAACUUCGGGGCACAGCAUCAGCUCAUUGUCAUCUGUCGCCAUCACUUCGGAAGACAUCUUGGCCGCGCUACAGCGGGAGGACGUGCGUCAGUACUUGCGUCAGCACCUCAUGGGCCCCCGAGGCCCCCCAGGGCCACCCGGAGCCAGCGGAGAUUGGUCCCUCCAGUCUUUGGACUAUGCAGAGCUGAGCAGUCGCAUUCUCAGCUACAUGUCGAGUUCUGGAAUCAGCAUCGGGCUUCCUGGCCCCCCAGGGCCCCCUGGCUUGCCAGGGACAUCCUAUGAGGAGCUCCUCUCCUUGCUCCAAGGAUCUGAAUUCAGAGGCAUCGUUGGGCCCCCAGGCCCCCCUGGGCCACCAGGAAUCCCAGGCAAUGCGUGGUCCAGCAUCAGCGUAGAGGACCUCUCAUCUUACCUGCACACUGCUGGCCUGUCCUCCAUCGCAGGCCCUCCGGGCCCUCCAGGUCCCCCAGGCCCUCGAGGGCCUCCUGGCGUCUCAGCAGCGCUGGCAACCUACGCAGCUGAAAACACCGACAGCUUCCGGAGCGAACUGAUUAGCUACCUGACAAGUCCUGAUGUGCGCAGCUUCAUCGUGGGUCCCCCGGGCCCUCCGGGGCCCCAGGGCCCACCUGGAGACAGCCGCCUAGAGUCCAUGGAUGGCUCCUACAGUCGGAGUAGCAGCUCCUCACAGAGCUCGUCGAUCAGCCGGGACACAUCCUACAGCUCUUCCAUGGGCGUGGGAGGGACCAGCGGGGGCUCCCUGGGUGAAGCGGGAUCCUUUGGCUCAGACCUUGGCCUGGGCCGAGGCUACGGGACAGGAGCCGGUGGCGUGUAUGGCGGUGAUGGCGGACUGUUCGGGAAUGGCUUUGCUGGAGGUCUGGAUUACAACGAGCUGGCUGUCCGAGUGUCUGAGAGCUUGCAGCGUCAGGGCCUGCUGCAAGGGAUGGCCUACACCGUCCAGGGCCCACCAGGCCGACCUGGGCCCCAGGGUCCCCCCGGCAUCAGCAAGGUCUUCUCCGCCUAUAGCAACGUGACCGAGGACCUCAUGGACUUCUUCCGAACGUAUGGAGCCAUUCCAGGACCCCCUGGGCAGAAGGGAGAAGUGGGCAUCCCAGGACCCAGAGGUUACAGGGGACCAGCUGGGCCACCGGGCCCGCCUGGGUCACCUGGCCCUCGAGGGCACAAGGGAGAGAAAGGAGACAAAGGUGACCAAGUCUAUGCUGGGCGGAGAAAGAGAAGUAUCGCCGCCAAGCCCUGAGCUACCACCCUUGGCAGACCAGCCCCCAGGCCAGUCCUUCCAAUGGCUUCUCAUGCUCCUCUGUCAAAAUUUCUGCCGAGGGUGAAAAAGCUGGAGUCUCAUUGUCCUACUGACAACAGCAUAGCCAAAUAGUCAACUAGAACACUUACUUUAGCCUGAAACAAUGUAUACAUACAUAAAUAAUUCAGACACCAAUCGGAAACAGCUGCGCAGUUGCAGUGCUGUGGCAUGAGGCUGACUCCUCUGCUAUCUAGCCCUGAGCUCUUGGCUUCUUCACCACUUAGUUCAAGCCCUAACCUAGCAAAGCCAGGUACAUAGAGGUUGGCUCAG